AUGACAUCGGAAAGCAGGGACAUGGAUCGGGUCAAGGGCCCCUGGAGCCCGGAGGAAGACGAGGCGUUGCAGAGACUCGUGCAGACCCAUGGACCGAGGAACUGGACGGCGAUAAGCAAGUCUAUUCCUGGUCGUUCCGGGAAAUCGUGCCGGCUGCGAUGGUGUAACCAGCUCUCGCCGGAGGUGGAGCACCGCCCGUUCUUGCCGGAGGAGGAUGAAGCUAUUAUCAGGGCCCAUGCCAGGUUUGGUAACAAGUGGGCCACUAUAGCUCGUUUACUCAACGGCCGCACUGAUAACGCUGUCAAAAACCACUGGAACUCCACUCUCAAGAGAAAAUGCUCCACGGUUAGUCUCGACGAAACGGAUCGACCACCACUGAAAAGAUCUGCCAGCGUCGGCGCCGGUUACUUAAACCCGAGCAGUCCAUCCGGGUCUGAUUUAAGCGAUCCCGGUCAGCCCGCGUUGUCUACCCCUUCUGGUUCGGCCCAUUGCAGGCCCAAUCUCAUGGAAACCGCUUCUUCCCUAUCCGAUCCAGCCACGUCACUUAGUUUGUCUCUCCCCGGCUUUGGCUCCGGCUACACGCCUAACCCUGUGGCUGUACAGCAGCCAGCAUCGCAGUCGCCGUCGCCAGCGGUGGCGACAGUGGAGGAGCGUGGGAAGCAACUGUUCAACGCAGAGUUUUUGAGAGUGAUGCAAGAGAUGAUAAGGAUGGAAGUGAGGAGUUACAUGUCAGGGAUGGAACAGAAGAAUGGAUUGAGAAUACAAGCGGAAGCCAUUGGAAACGCGGUGGUGAAGCGCAUGGGAAUCAGCAACAUCGAGUGA